AUGGGUGAUCGAUUAACCCAGCUGCAAGAUGCUGUAGACCAGCUGGCCACACAGUUCGUUGCAUGCCUUCACUAUGUCAACAAGCGACAUGACCUUGAAACACUUGUUGAUUCACUUCCUCCAGAUGAGUUUCGAGCUGGUAUGGUAGAGUUGUCGCAGGAUCUCAUUGUCAAAGAGCAACAAAUCGAGGUCCUCAUCUCAUCUCUCCCCGGCUUAGACAACAGUGAGAUGGAUCAGGAGAGGUACAUUAAAGAGCUGGAGGAGGAUUUGAAGAUUGCUGAAGCCCAACGCCAAGAAGCAAUCAAGGAGAAAGAUCAGAUUUUGUCUGAGCUUGACAGUGUUAUCCGCAGCAUACGACGACCAUAA